UAACAAGCAAUUAAACAUUUUUUUGACCCUGGCUGGCCUCCACGUUCACUGGUUACUAAAAUCCCCAAAUUGUUCUUCACCUGCACCAACCCUAACCCUAGCUUCCGCAAAUCGUCAAUUGUGUUGAUCAUCUAUUCGAUUCGUUUCAUCAAUCUCGAAUCCUGACUCACAAAACAGGAUGGACGAUACUUGUGCUGUGUGUGCCGAAACCCUAGAAUGGAUUGCUUACGGAAGAUGUGGACACAAGGAUGUUUGUUCCACAUGCGUUGCUCGUCUUCGAUUCAUUUGUAACGAUCGUCGUUGCUGCAUCUGCAAAUCUGAGUCCUCGAUCAUCUUCGUUACCAAGGCUUUAGGGGACUACACUAAGACGAUCAGUGAUUUCUCUGUUUUUCCUUCAGAGAACAAGGAGGGUCGAUUCGGAACAUAUAUGUACCACGAAGAUACACAGUCUUACUUUGACGAUUUGGAUCAUUACAAUAUGAUAAGGGCUAUGUGUAGGCUUUCUUGCAGCGUUUGUGAUAAGACGGAGGAUAAUUCCGGUAAUAAAUCUAAGAGAAAAGCUAAGUUUCGUGAUAUUAAUCAGCUUAAGGGUCAUCUGUUCCACCAACAUAAGUUGAUCAUGUGCAGCCUGUGUCUGGAAGGAAGAAAGGUAUUUAUCUGUGAACAAAAGCUUUAUUCAAAAGCACAACUUGAGCAGCAUGUACACACAGGUGACUCUGAAGUUGAUGGAACCGAAAGUGAAAGAGGUGGGUUUCAAGGGCAUCCGUUGUGUGAAUUUUGCAGGACACCUUUUUAUGGGGAUAACGAGCUUUACACACAUAUGAAUACCGAACAUUUUAAGUGUCAUAUAUGCCAAAGACGUAAUCCCGGUAAAUACGAGUAUUUCAAGAGUUAUGAUGAAUUGGAGAUUCAUUUCCGCCAAGAACAUUUUUUGUGUGAAGACGAGGCUUGCCUCACUAAAAAGUUCAUUGUUUUUCCAUCUGAAGCCGAAAUGAAGGUGCACAAUGCUCAAGAGCAUGGGGGUCGUCUGUCACGAUCAAAGCGCAAUGCUGUUUUACAGUUACCAACUAGCUUUACAUAUCGACGGAACACCGAGCACGAUAAUCGACGGGGAAGACGAAAUACGUUUCUGCGUGAUUUACCCGAAUCCGAAUUAUCACGAGCAAUUGAAGCCAGCCUGGAAACAUCCAAUUCCAGAUUUCUAGAAGCUUCAUCUUCAAGCGGGCCAGUUCUUUCCAAUAACAAUAUAAACAACAUCAUCCCAUUAGUUCAACCAUUUGAAUCACUAGCCGCAGAUUCCGAUCCACCUUCAAGGUAUUUUACCGCUGUGUCACAUAGAGCUCGAAACACUCCACUUGAGGAAUCUGCGUUCCCGCCACUCCCCGCGGGCCCUGCGGCUAGUGCUCGAAAGCCCAGCGGGCUAUUGUGGAACACCAUGGCUGAAAACCUCCGCCGACAAAACAAGAAAAAAGUCAACGUUCUUAAUACAGGCAAUGCUUGGCCCGCUGCACCCCGUAUGAAUCAUAAUAAUAUUAAUAAUAAUAAUAAACCCUCAUCAAGUUCAGUUUCUAGACCUGUAAACACCUCAAACGCUGCAGUAUUGCCUACAUCUGGUCAGAGAAAGUCAACCGUCAACCUGGUUGUGGCUCCAAGCAGAAUCAGCCACUCCACGUCAGCACCGAAUCUGGUUAAUGUGGGUUCGGUAUCUGACUUUCCUCCAGUUUCCACAUUGCAGACAGGUAACGGGCCUGGAAAUGGGCCGUCUACGAAAAGUGUGGAUGAGGUCCAUGCUGCAAACAAGUCCAUGGUAGAUAAAAUACGUGCGGGUUUGGAUAACGAUCAGGAAAAAUUUGCUAGUUUUAAAGAGGUGUCAGGUCAAUACCGGCAAGGUGUUAUUGACGCCGAGACUUAUUUGGUUUAUGUGGAUCAGUUUGGUUUGUCUCAUCUUGUUCUUGAUUUGGCCCGUCUUUUACCCGAUCCUCAUAAGGAGAAAGAGCUUAUAUCAGUCUACAAUGCGAAUCGGGUCAUGGGCGGGUUGAAAGGAAACGAUCGGAAAAACAAAGGGAAAUCUGUUGCUAAUAACAAAACUAUAACUAACGGGUUAACUGAUAACAUAUUAACUUCGGUUCGGGAAUUACAAUUAAACUACCGGCGACCAGAUGAUGAGGUGGAGACGUUGUCGAAAGAUGGGUAUCGGGCUGUUAAUAAAGGGAAAUCGAAGGUGGAGGUGGAUGAUCGGACAUCACCUGGUGGUCAACUUGUCAUUAAACCGCCAACAAGUGAAGGCUGCAAUGGUGGUCAACGGAAGAAAACAUCAAAGUUUCUUAGGGUUCGGCUGGGGAAUGGGUCUCAGGCUUCGCUUGAUCUUAACAAUUCUAACGGUGGGUCUGAUGCCCCGUUGGCAAAGGGAGAAUCAGCUGGGAAGGCGGAGCAGGAGACUACCGAUGUGAUACCGGUGCGCGGUGUGUGGCGUAAUGGUGGUGGCCAUAGGCUAAUUGUCAAAGACCUUAAAGGCCCUAGAGUGAUACAUAGGUAAUCGGGGUUUAUUUUUAAUAUAUUUUAGCAUCGUGGAAGGAUGUAACAACAAAUGCUUGUUUCGAUGGUUUUUUGGGGAUGUAAAAGUGUUGUUGGUUCGAUGGUUUUUGAGGAUGUAAAAGAGUGUGUUUUUCACCGCCAACUACUGUUGAUCGACUGUGUUUUCAAUUCCAUGUUUGAAGGAAAACUGCAUAGUACAUGUGAAUUGUAAA